GACUGUCACCCCUCGGCUCUCCACGCUCACCACCACCACGACCAACACACGGCGUGCGCGUACACGUGCAACGCGCGCCGCCGUUCCUGCGGAAUUCAGGAGGCAGUGGUCGGACUCUGAAAGACUCGCACCUAGAAAAUAAUGAACAACAAAUUUGACGCUCUGAAAGAUGAUGACAGUGGAGACCACGACCAGGACCAAGGCUCACCGAAAGACAGUGAGAAGGAAAAAACUGAAGACGAGGAUAAGGAACAGAACAGCUCUAAGAAAAAGAUGGUGGUGCCAGGGGCAGGAGAGCACCCUCUACAAUACAACUACACCUUCUGGUACUCCAGGCGCACCCCAGGGAGACCAGCCAGUACUCAGAGUUACGAACAGAACAUUAAACAGAUUGGCAGCUUCGCCUCGGUGGAGCAGUUCUGGCGUUUCUAUAGUCAUAUGAUCCGGCCAGGCGACCUGACGGGCCAUAGUGACUUCCACCUCUUCAAGGAGGGUAUUAAACCCAUGUGGGAGGAUGAUGCCAAUAAGAUGGGUGGAAAGUGGAUCAUCCGUCUGAGGAAAGGCCUGGCGUCUCGGUGCUGGGAGAACUUGAUCCUGGCCAUGCUCGGGGAGCAGUUCAUGGUAGGAGAGGAGAUCUGCGGGGCCGUGGUGUCAGUACGCUUCCAGGAGGACAUCAUCUCCAUCUGGAACAAAACAGCAAGUGACCAGGCGACAACAGCCCGUAUCAGAGACACCCUGCGCCGAGUCUUGAACCUGCCUCCCAACACCAUAAUGGAGUACAAGACUCACACAGACAGCAUUAAAGCAUGGGAAGACUUCCAUGGUCUGGUGAAUGCUAGCGGAGGACGUUAGCCCCUCACACAGAGAACCUCUGCAAGAGGGUGUGUAUAUGUAAUGUGUCGGGGGCGAUGACGAGUCCAGGAAAGGAUACCUCUACGUGGAUUGUCACUGUGCAAACGAGAGAGGGAAAAGAGGCAAGGAGACCAUUCCUUCUACGUGUCAAAUUGGAAAUGAGCAGAAGAGUCCGUGGACAGAAUGCUGAACCAUGCUGAAGAGAGAAAUAUGCGUUAUUUUUAAUCAACCAGAGAAGAACAAAGCCUCCAGUUUUUUUUUUGUUGUUGUUCUUUUUUUUUAAUAUAUAUUUUUCUGUUAACUUGCCACCAGAGGGAGGCCACACGACUGGUGUUUGCUGAUCUGGUCAUUAGCUGUUAACAAAGUGUACUUGACAAAAUACAACAAAACCAAUUUGUUGUAAUACUAGAUCUGAUUUUACCGCUUAACAUAACAUCACACUUCAUGCUGUUAAAGAUAAAUUGUGUUAAUCUGUUUUAUUGGGACUCAAACAGGGUUGCAGGCAGAUGUUAUUUUAUUACAGUGCUGUAUUUUAACUACUAUUCCUCUGGACAUUUCGACGCUAGAUCGAUAACUAUCAUUGUGUACGAUAUAUUUGUAAAUACAGUCCACAUCAAAGAUCACUUAAACUGAAUCAGCGAUGAUUCUCCAUCUUUGACCUGGAAGUUGAAUCCCAAAGGAUGAGGACCAUCCGUGUGCUGGGCAGAAGGUUGUAUAACCGGCAUCUUAAGAAUGGACUGCCAAGCUGCCUAAAUCACUGUGCCUGGCCUCGAGCCCUACCUGAACCAGUUUCCCCUUCUGUCUCUUUUGUCUCUACCCUGCCUUCAAACAAUCCAAGGGAUGGGCUUUGCUUUAAUGUCCUCAACAAAGGUGUACAGGAAUCCUGAAAUGCUGACCUUACCCUCCUUUUUCCAUUUUGUAGUAAAAGAAAUGAAACUGGGGUCAAGGUCUGUUACAGUUUUUAUCAAGAACUCGGGAGCAUCUUUCUUUGUUUUUUUUUUUGGAACCAUGUCAAGAAAGCAACUAUAGUUUGUUGAAAAACUGUAAUGCUGCCCAAGUUUGGUGGUGUGAUGAUGAGUGCAGGUGUGUGUCACAGGUGAAGAAAACACUGUUGGAUGUACACCUGAUGGAUUAAAGCAAUAAAUGUCAAAUAUGCAUCUGCUGCUAAA